CAGAGAUACGAUGUGUUUGGUUUCCUGGGUGUGUAGCUGUGUACACAUGUACCGGCUCCCCCGGGCUCCGGCCGUUCUCUGUCUGUGGGAUGCUGCAUGGGUGACUGAUGGCGGCUAACACUUCCCCCCGACCCACAGGGUCCUCCCUACUACUGCCUGUCAGCGAUCUGCUCCACAUGCCACUGGAACAGGUCAACUUUGUGACAUGUCAGUUGUUUUCUCUUGGUGUCGCCAUUUGGUUCCGUACCUACCUGAGUGCAAGCCAUGCACAUGCUACUGUGCGCCAUGCUUUUGCCACCAUCAUUGGUGUUUACCUCGCAGUGUUUUGCUUUGGAUGGUACUCUUUGCACAUAUUUACCUUAGUGCUUGUAUGCUACUUCAUCAUGAUGAAUGCAAGUCAAGAAAGAGUUCACAGGUACUCUUUUAUAACCGCCAUGAGUUAUCUAACAUUGUGCCAGAUUAACAGAGUGUACAUAUUCAACUAUGGCAUCCUGACUACGGACUUCUCUGGGCCGUUGAUGAUUGUUACUCAGAAAAUCACAACACUGGCCUUCCAGUUACAUGAUGGGAUGAGUCACAAUGCUGAAUCACUCACCAAGCAGCAACUUCAAAACUGCGUUAAGAAAAGACCAACUCUUUUGGAGUACCUUAGCUACCACCUGAAUUUUAUGAGUGUGCUUGCUGGGCCCUGCAGUAAUUUCCAGGACUACAUUGCCUUUAUUGAAGGAAGUCACAUACGAUCAAAGUUAAAAGAAGUCAGCUUGAAAGAAAAACGCCAUGUGUCAGAUCCUUCCCCAAAUAAAGCCGUUUUACAUAGGAUUGGCAUAUGUGUGGCAUCACUCAUUAUUUUCCUGACCAUAAGUAAGGCUUUCCCCAUUUCCCGUAUUGUGGAUGAUACUUUCAUUAAUGAAUAUUCGUUUUUGACAAGACUAGGCUACCUUUACAUUGCUGCAAUGGCUAACAAACCUAAGUACUAUUUUGCAUGGACUCUGGCUGAUGCUGUUAACAAUGCUGCAGGAUAUGGUUUCAAUGGGCUGGAUGAGAAAGGCAAUCCCCAGUGGGAUUUAAUAUAUAAUCUCAACAUAUGGAACAUUGAGAUGGCUUCAAGUUUUAAAAUGUACAUAGACAAUUGGAAUAUCCAGACAGCAGCUUGGUUGAAAAGAGUCUGUUAUGACCGAGCUCCAAAGUAUCGCACAGCUUUAACAUUUCUCCUCUCUGCACUGUGGCAUGGUGUUUAUCCUGGAUACUAUUUCACCUUCAUUACUGGUAUUCCUGUGAUGAUGGCUGCAAGAGCAGUAAGAAAUAAUUUCCGUCAGUACUUCAUUACUUCGAAAGUGCGUAAACUUGGGUAUGACAUCAUCACAUGGACUGUAACCCAGAUGGCCAUCUCCUACACUAUUGCCCCUUUUUUCUUCCUGGCUAUGGCGCCUAGCCUUAAAAUGUACAAGUCAUUCUAUUUUUACUUCCAUAUUGCUGUUGUUAUUGUGCUUAUUAUUCUGCCCAACAAGCCAUCAAAGGACAGACAGCGAUAUUACUCUAAAAAGACUCCUUUAUCCACAACCAAUCAUUUGGAAGAAAAGGAACCCUUCAAGCACAUGAACAAUAACUCCAGAUGAAUGACAAAUGGACAAUGGACUUUAUACACAAUACGUGUUUGCUCACACCAAAGACUGGGAAUACUGGACGGCCCAGUAUCCCAGUGUCAGAUCUUUUUUUAUUUUAUUUUUAUUUUUGUUAUUUUAUUUUUUUGUAUUUAAUGGACUUAAACUUUCAAAAUUUUAAUACUAAACAUUUCAGUUAUGUGAAUGGUGUCCUGGUGUAAGCCAACGCUGUCAUUCACUAUGGACUAUCCACUAUAACAAAGUUCUUAACGGGCAUCUGCACACUACUGUAAUAAUGAUGAAUCUGGCAACAUUUCCCUUAAAGGGAAGGCAUAGUUCUAUCAUUUUUUUUUAUAUGCAUACUUGUAAAAAGAACAGGUGGAUGUAAAUAAUCUUUUCAAUAUAGAUCAAUGUUUUUAAAACUGUUUUUGUGUAUAAUUUAAAACUAUUUAGUUAUAUGUCCAUAUUAGCCUCCUAAUUUACAGUGCUACACAAUGGCCGUGUUUUAUUGCUUCUUCCUCUCACAGCAUAAGCCUCUGUGUACAUGAUAUUUCAACACGUGGUUAAAAAAAUAAUUGUUGCAGAUAAUCUACAAAUCGCUACAUUAAAUGUAAUAACAAUUUUUAAGUGCAAGCAUGUAAAAAUAAGAAAAUCUCAUCAAAAUGACUUAUGGGUAAACCUUGCAAUAAUAAAUCAGCUAGGCUGUACAAGGUCAUACA